AUGAAUAUAUAUUCCUCAUUUAAACAGAUCUAUGAUUAUGUUGAGAAAUCACUUGAUGAAUAUUCGAGAUUGAUUAAUGAUUUAGAAAUUGAUUAUUAUCAAUGUUCGCCAACAUCAAUUGAAUUUACAUCAAGAAAACCUCGACCAUUCUCUGUUACUAUACUUCAAGCAUGGUCACAACCAUUAAAUGAAUUACAUAAAACAUAUCUAUCACAUGAUAUUCGAAAUAUUGAAACGACAUGUGAAUUACUUGAAGCAGCAAAAACAGGUGUAUUUCAUAGAUUUAUUAAAGAUGAAAGUAUAAUUUUAAUGGAAAGAAUUUCUCAGAAAAUAGUCCAACAACUUAAUUCAAAUAUUUUAAUAUUAACAGAUAAAAUUGUUGAUUGUAUGAAUUUAAUGAAACAAUAUUUUCUAUCAUUUUAUCAUAUUAAAAAUAUUCAAUAUAUUAUUCAGAAUAGACAAAAAGAAGAAUUACCUGAUGAACAUCUUGAAACAGCAUAUACAUAUGAAAAAUCUCGUUGGUUACAUAUGUUUCAAGUUAAUAAAUCAGUGAAAGUUAUACGUGAAAUGUUAGAACGUAUUCAUACUACUGAAGGUGUUACAUUUUCGACAUUAUCAAAAGAAUGUCAAGAAUUAGCUAUUCGUUGUGAUUGUACAUCAUUUCCAUAUAUAUUUGUAUUACCUGAAUGUUAUUAUGAAGCAAGACAAGCUUUAAAUUCACUUCGUACAUGGUUACAUGAUGACAGGAAUUAUACUGAAUUUAUUCAAAAAUCUCUUGAAUUACUUGAUAAGAAAUAUCUUGAAGUAAAAAAAACAUUUGAAAUCAGUAAAACUCAACUAAGUCAAAUUAAAUAUCGGACUCAAACCUAUGGUAUUCAAUUAAUUAAAUUUGAACAAGAAAAUGAAAUAAAUAAAAAUAAAUAUAAAGAAUUUCAAACAAGUUUUCAUUUAAAAGAAAAUGAAUAUACUUCAAAAUAUUUAAAAUAUGACUUAUAUGUAAAAGAAUUGAAUAAAUUAUAUCAACAAUCUAAUGAUAUACAAAAUAAUAUCUUAAUGAAAACUUUUCAAAACGAUAUAAAACAUAUUUCAAAUGAAUUACCGAAAUUAAAAUUACAAGUUGAUCUCAUACAAACAGGUAUGAAUUCGUUUCAAGAACGUGAAAGAAAAUUAAUUGAAAUGCAGAAUAAACAUAAAAACAUGGAAAAAGAUAUUCAAUUAGCUUUAGAAAAUAAAAUUCAUCAAGAAAAUAAUUUAAAUCGUAUAGAAAAAUGUCGUGAUAUUAUUCGAAAUAUUUAUAAAUGUCGAAAAAAAAAUAAUUUAAUACAAAAAAUUUUCUAUGAUUUACCAAUAGCUUCUAAUGAUAAUGAUGAUCUUUCUAAAGCACUAUGCAUUGUAUCAAAAUGUAUUGGUCGUGAUUGGAAUCUACUCUAUUGGAAUUUACCGUUUUAUCCAAAGCGUGGUCAAGAAGAAUUAUACAAUGAUAUAAAAUAUAUUAAUGAAAAAUAUUAUCGUGGAGAUGUUUUUCAAGAUCAAGCAAUCGAAAUAUUAAAUAAAUGGCGACGAUAUCAUACACGAGCAAAAAUAGAUGAUCUUAUUCAUGGACUUCAACAAAUUCAUCGUUUAGAUAUAAUAAAAUUAAUUGAAGAAGAUAUAAUUAAACCAAAACUAUUAUUAAAUGUUUGUCAUGAAGAAAUUGAUCCACGAAAAAAAGAAAUUGAAGAUUUAAAUCAAAAACUUAUUCGAUUAUUUGAUAAAAUACGAAAUAAUACUACGAUUUCAGUAGAAACAUAG